AUGGCGCAAAGGCGCAACACGUAUCCACAUAUCCGCAUAUCCAGUAAGGAGGUAAUCUGGGAAGCAGCGACGAUUCCCCGUGGAAUUCUCAAGAUGCAAGACAAGACAUGUUUGGGACGUGUACAGGGUCUUUUGACAUUCGACACGCGACAGGACGUAAACCGAGAACGAGAACAGGAUGGAUCCGGGUGGAGCUAUGGCAGGCAAGGGGUGUUGCCACGAUGA